AUGGCGUAUGAGUCCCCGGCGCGGCUGAAGUGGGCCACGGUGGUCUUCUGGAACCUGCUCGACCCCGCCUUCCGCGCGCACUUCAAGUACUACCGCAGGAAGGUCGCGGUGGACCGCUACCUCGAGCGCAAGGGCGCCCUCUUCAACGUUGCCGUCGGCCUCACCUUCGGCCUCACCCUCUACUUCACCGUCGUCUCGAGUUUUCUCCUCCCCGCCGCGGUGGCGUCGGAGCACUCGAUGGAGGACAACGCGAAGGAGGUCCUGCGCGCCAUGAAGUGCGACACCACAAAGGAGCUCCCGGCGUUUCUCCUGAUGCGGGCAAAGCGUGAGAUUAUUGGCAAGCUGCACGUUGCCGCGGACAGGGCAGAGGUGAAGCGGCAGCGCGAGGAGGUGGCGGGGCUGCUUAGGGCCCUGCAGCAGCAGCAGUAG